AUGUCUACAAUAUUAUUAUUCAUAUUCAUUAUAUUUUCUUCUGUUAAUUUGAUAUAUAGUACUAUAUAUCGAUGUAAUCCUAGUAUUUCAUGUGGUUGUUCAGCAUUAAAUACUACUAUUACAUCUCGAAUUGUUGGUGGAGAAGCAGCAUCUAAUUAUGCAUGGGGUUGGAUGGUUUCUCUUCAACAAUCAAACAGUCAUAUAUGUGGUGCAAGUCUUUUAACAUCUGAAUAUGCUGUAACAGCUGCUCAUUGUGUAGAAGAUGUUAUACAUAAUAUAUCUGUAUUAUCAAUUCUUGCUGGGACAAAUUAUUUAAAUUAUACAUCAAUUACAACUAUUCAACGAAGAUCAAUCAUCGAUGUUAUUAUGCAUUCUGAUUAUAAUUCAACCGUUUGGACAAAUGAUAUUGCUAUUCUAAAGUUUUCUCCACUUGAUAUAUCAUCAAAUUCUAAAAUAGCUUUUAUUUGUUUACCAAAACAAGAUGAAGAUCCAUUUCAAAGUGGUACUAAUCUUGUAGCUAUUGGAUGGGGUGAUUUAUUCGAGAACAGUCGUUUUGGAUCUGAUUCUCUUCAACAAGUAACAGUUCAAGCAUUUUCAUCAACAUCAUAUGAAUGUCAAGUAUCAGAAAUAGCCAAUCCAUCUGUGCAAUUUUGUGCAGGAGUUAUUGCUGGUGGUAAAGAUACAUGUCAAGGUGACAGUGGAGGUCCAUUAAUGGCUUUUGUUAAUAAUCGUUGGAUAUUAGCAGGAUUAUCGUCAUCGGGUAAUGGAUGUGCUGAAAUAGGAUUUCUAGGAUUAUACACACGAGUAUCCUAUUUUAUUUCAUUUAUUAACUCAAACGUCAAUUUUCCAGUAACAGAAACAACAACAGGUUCAUUAGGGACAUCGACAAGUCAACGUAGUAAUAAUCAAACUAGCACUCAUGUUUCUUUUUUUCUUAUUGCUACUAUAAUGUAUAAAGAUGAAUAUAAUACAUAUCAAUGUGAUCCAAAUAUUUCAUGUGGCUGUUCAACAUUAACCACAACUGUUACAUCACGAAUUGUUGGUGGAGAAGCAGCAUCUAAUGAUGCAUGGGGUUGGAUGGUUUCUCUUCAACGAUCCGAUGAACAUUCAUGUGGUGCAAGUCUUUUAACAUCUGAAUAUGCUGUAACAACUGCUCAUUGUGUAGAAGAUGUUAUGCAUAAUAUAUCUAUAUUAUCAAUUCUUGCUGGAACAAAUUAUUUAAAUUAUACAUCAAUUACAACUAUUCAACGAAGGUCCAUUAUUAAUGUUACUAUGCAUCCUGACUUUAAUUCAUCUACUAAUGAAAAUGAUAUUGCUAUUCUUAAGUUUUCUCCACUUGAUAUAUCAUCAAAUUCUAAAAUAGCUUUUAUUUGUUUACCAAAACAAGAUGAAGAUCCAUUUCAAAGUGGUACUAAUCUUGUAGCUAUUGGAUGGGGUUAUAAAUCGGAAUUCAUUCAUGUUGUAUCUAAUUCUCUUCAACAAGUAACAGUUCAAGCAUUUUCAUCAACAUCAGAUGAAUGUCAAGUAUCACAAAUAGUCAAUCCAUCUGUGCAAUUUUGUGCGGGAGUUAUUGCUGGUGGUAAAGACGCAUGUCAAGGUGACAGUGGAGGUCCAUUAAUGGCUUUUGUUAAUAAUAGUUGGGUAUUAGCAGGAAUAACAUCAGAAGGUAUUGGAUGCGCUGAAGCAGGAUUUCUAGGAUUAUACACUCGAGUAUCUUAUUUUAUUUCGUUUAUUAAUUCAAACGUGAAUUUUCCAAUGGCAGAAACAACAACGGUUUCAGGGGUAGAAACAACAACGGUUUCAGGGGUAGAAACAACAACAGUUUCAGGGGUAGAAACAACAGCGGUUUCAGGGGUAGAAACAACAAUGACUGAAGUGACAGAAUCAACAACGCCUCCACUGACAGAAUCCACAAUGAUUACGACGAUAGAAACAACAAUGGUUUCGUUGAGCGAAGCAACAACGAGUCAUUUGACAGAAUCAACAACAGUUGAAUUGACAGAAGCAACAACGGUCCCAGUAACAGAAACAACAAUAACGGUUCCAUUAAAGACAUCGAUAAGUCAACAUAAAAAUAAUCAAUCAGCUAUUCAGAUGAACAAUGGAAAUAUGAAAAAUAAAUCAAUAACAGUUGUGAUAUUUUGCUUUUCAUUUUUAACAUAUUUCUUUUCUUAUUGA